CCCACACUCUUGGUGGCUCUGUCUUAACGCCACCUUAGUCCGCCGCCAUGUCACUCUCCACAGCCGUCCAAAACUCACUUUUCAAACCCAAGAACGGCGGCGUCACCACAUCCACCACCACGACUGUCAUCAAACAUCGCUUCAUCUCAUUUCUCAUAUGGCAAUCAAUCCUCUCCACAGUCUCUCUGCUCCUCGUCAAAACCCUCCUUCUUUACCCCUUCCGCUCCAAAAAUUCCCCCUCAAUCCUUCACUCCCUAUUCUCUUUCCUCGCCUUCCACGUGUCCCUCCUUCUCUUCUCUACCAGUCUUUUUAUCAUCUCCUCUCCUCACCGGCAGAAACCCGGUUCCCCUCUCGACCUCCUCCUCACUUCGGUUCGGCUGAUUUUUGUCCACACUGAUAAUCCCAGUUUGUCGCCUGAGGCUCGGCAAGCCGUGAAGUUUUCUUUGAGCUUUGCUCUUUUUCUGGUGGUUUCGGCUCUCUCAGGGUUUGUUGCAUUGAUUUCGAUAUGUUGGAGUAGCGGCGCGUUUCAUCAGACGAUGCCAUGGCGUGUGGUGGUUGCGAUGUUAGGGUUUAGGGGUUUUCUUAUCGGAUUGCCUUAUGGAGUUUAUUAUUUGUAUAAGCAGAGAUGGGUUUUGCAGUUUCCUAUUGUUCAGCGCCCUUUGUUCUUCAGUUUUAAGAUGGGUCUUCCUUCUGCUUUUGGGCAAGCUUUGAAACUUUCAACUGCCGCCUACUUCUUUUCAUCAGUGGUGUUAUUCUUCCUUCCUGAUGAGUAUGGAAGUAAUUUUUCUAUUGGAAAAUAUAUUGCUCAACAGAUUAUCUUCUAUAUUGGAACUUUUUUGGUGUUUCUCUGUUGGGAAUUAAGUCACCAUUUGCAUCAGGUCAACUAUUAA